AUGUACAUUUUCAAAUUACUUACUGGGAACCAACAUGCUUUUAAAAACACUGAAUUGUCAUUUCAGCAGAGCCCGCCUGAGGACAAUGGCCAGCUUGAAGAUCGUCAUGUAACACUUGGCAAUCAGAAGGCACCCUGUGAUUUUGCACCUGCCAGAGCUGCUACAUCGAGUCAUGUGACUUAUGACAACCCUGGGUGUCUUCAAGGAUCGUUUGACCAGAGCAGCCACAUAUUCGGGGAAAAUGCAGGUAAGCAGUGUGCUACAAAUGGCAUAGCGGCGAUUAUGACCCACACCACCCAUAGCGUUCUCAAAUGGAAAAAAAAGAACAUUCAUCAUAUUCUAAAACAAGGUAAUGGCUUGUACACAUCUAUGCUAGAAAAUAAGGAAAUCAGUGCAGCCAAAACCAGUGGGCAUAUUUUCAUUUCCGAGUUACCCAGACACUGCAAAUUAAACAAUAAAUUAUUUAGUUUGGAAUAUUUUGAUACACUCACUGGAAGUCUUGAUCAAAAGGAUGAUUAUGACGCUUCUUUGCAAAACAUAGCCAUGCCUUUAGAAGAGGCUAUUCAGAAGACACUGCUGCAGACAGACACAUGCUUGCUCAACAUCCAAGGAAGUGUCUGUGCCGUUUUCAAGGUCGAAACUGCUUUUGCAGUUUUCGAUCCUCAUUCUCGUAGUACUUGGGGUUCGGUUGCACCGGAUGGAACCAGCAUAGUAGCGCACUAUGCUACUGUGUAUGAGUUAUAUGACCAUAUUGAGAACCUUGUCAAUUCCUUAUAUCAAAAUCAUCCACAUGCUUUUGAUAUCCCAAACAAGGUGUUUGAAGUCACUGGUGUGAAAGCUGUUGAGGUAAACUCACCAUUUACUGCUUUAACUGCACAGCCUGAAGCCAGCACUUCGGCACAUGACGGUACUUUGGACACUGACAGUGACUCUGAUCUCUGUGACCUUUCGGUAACAGAUAGAAAUUUCCUUGCAUACGCGUCUUUUUCCCUUGAAACUUGUGUCACUUCUACAUGUGACACAGCUGUAAACAUUGACAGUGAUCCUCCAAUUCACACAGAGGGUGCAUCAGAUGUCUGUUUCAUUUCUGUAACAGAUAGCCCCAAUAUAAUAUUUACUGGAUUGACAUCAAGGGAAAAAAACUGGAUCUGCAACAAACUGAAUGUCGUACCAAGUUUAGAUCCAAAUAUUGUUGUACAAACCUUCGAUAUGGCACAGCCUGAGCCAUGCCAAACAACAUCCAUUGAAGGUGACGGUAAUUGUUUCUUUCGUUCUCUUUCGUCUGUAUUGAGUGGUUGCGAGUCACAUCACAAGGCCUUUCGAAAGGCUGUAGUGAAUCACAUCUCAAAUAAUCCACUUAAUUACAUUACUUGUCUAAGACGGCAAUUUGAUUCUGUGGAGCAAUAUCUCCGGGACUCAAAAAUGAAAUAUGUUGGAUCUUGGGCAACAGAGUUGGAAAUACAAGCUUCUGCAGAUUUGCUCUGUGUUGAUAUUUACACAUACAGUCAACAGAAAUGGAUUACGUUUACGGCGAACAUUGAGCCAAUUUCAAGAAAAGCUAUAUAUCUGAAUCAUUGCAACGAAUGCCAUUAUGAACCAAUUGCAUGUGUUAAAGGAAAAACCUCUCAUACAUGCUUUAGUUUAACUAGCUUCUGUGAAAUGUCGCACAAAAUGUCCAAUGCAGACCUUGUUUCACCACGUAAAAAAUGUAGUGAUAAAUUAAAAGAUCUAAGGAAAAAGAAAACAUAUGCUGAAGACACAGAAUAUAGGCGAGUUAAAAAGCUAAAAACACAAGAAAGAUAUUAUUGUGAUGAACAGUAUCAAGCAAAUCGGAAAACUAGCAGUAUCGAAAAAUAUACUAAUAAUGAACCGUUCAAACAACAACUCAUAAACAGCGGUAUCGAAAAAUAUGCUAAUAAUGAAACGUACAAAGAAGAAGUAAAAAAACGCAGUAUUGAAAAAUAUGCUAAUAAUGAACCAUUCAAACAACAAGUAAUAAACCGCAGUUUUGAAAAAUAUGCUAAUAAUGAACCAUUCAAACAACAAGUAAAAAACCGCAGUAUUGAAAAAUAUGCUAAUAAUGAACCAUUCAAACAACAAGUUAAAAACCGCAGUAUUGAAAAAUAUGCUAAUAAUGAACCGUUUAAAGAACAAGUCAUAAACAGCGGUAUAGAAAAAUAUGCUAAUAAUGAGCAGUACAAAGAACAAGUAAAAAACCGCAGUAUUGAAAAAUAUACUAAUAAUCCUGCCCAUCGUGACCAGGUGAUACAAAGAAUUGUAAUCAAAUACAGAGAAGAUCCGGCUUAUAAGCCCUCUGUAAUUGAAAGAAACUGUCAAAAGAGACUUAAUCUAACCCUCUUAAAACAUAAUAUCGACUUUGUAAUUGAACUCUUCCAAGAAGAGGUCAAACAUGGACCAGAACAUGUUUGUUGUGUAUGUCACAGAUUAUUGUUCCGAAAGCAAGUUAGAUUAUGUGACAUGUCUUCAUUUGAAUCCAAGACUUCAACAGUGUCAGCAAUUGCAAAACAAUGCAUUACCACAAAAUAUCUCCAUCAAUGUGAUAACGCAUGUUUAACGCCAUGCACACUAAAACAGACAGUUGCUGGGAAAUUGUGGAUAUGUUUCAGUUGCAACUCCAAGAUACUCAGUGGUAAGGUUCCCCAGGAGAGCGCUGUUAACAAUAUGGCAUUGGAUCCAAUUCCUGACGAAUUAGGCACACUGAACUCAUUAGAACAACACCUGUGCGCAUUGAAUAUUCCCUUUAUGCGACUUGUGGCAUUGCCACGAGGUUCUCAGAAUUCUGUCCAUGGGCCGGUGACUUGCGUUCCAUCAAACAGCGAUGUAGUCACUUCGGUUCUCCCUAGGCUAGAAAAUCAAGAUUUAAUGAUCCGAAUAAAACUGAAAAGAAAACUUACUUAUAAGGGGCAUUAUCAGUAUCAAUAUGUGCACACUCAAAAAAUCCAAAAUGCGAUAGCCUGUUUAAAGGACAUGAAUAAAUGGUAUAAGGACAUAGACUUUAACGCAGAAUGGGAAAAUCCCUUGCCAGAAGAUGCAUGUUCUGUUUUGAAAGAAUGCAACCCAGUUAAUGACACUCCAUCUGCACCUGAAAGCAGUGACAUUACAACUCAAUCAGACCAGGUGUCGGAUGAUGAAGAAGCUGACCACAUCUAUGAAACUCAAACACACGGGUUACUUUUGGACACAUGUUUGCAACCAAUUGAUAUCGCACAGGAAAUAUUUGAUCAGCAUUUCGAAAGUGUUUUAUCAAUAGCUCCAGCUGAGGGCAACAGUCCUGUUAGGCUGCUGACAGAUAAGGGCAAUGAAGCAAAAUGUUUUCCAACUCUUUUCCCCAAAGGGACAGGUACAUUCCAUGAUGCACGGCCCCACAGGCUCACUCUCAGUAGAUACAUCAACACACGAAUCCUAAAUGCUGAUGGGAGGUUUAGCAGCAACUUGGACUACAUUUUCUAUGCUCAAUAUUUAUCCGAGGUCAAUCAGGUUGUUUCCAAGGUUUCCAUAGCGUUGAGAAAAGGUUACCAUGCAGGGGAAUCAUUGGCUAUAACUUCCGCCAUGCUUUCAAACAAAGACUAUGUACAAAAUGUCUUAAAAACCGAUCUCGGUUACAAGUUCCUUCAACCGAUCCGAGGGACUCCAGUUUUUUGGCAAGGUGUACAGAAAAAUCUAUUUGCUAUGGUUCGUCAGCUUGGUGUCCCUACUUGGUUCUGUUCAUUUUCAUGUGCUGAUUUACGCUGGACUGAACUCAUCGAUGUUUUCAUGAGACUACAGAAAAUACAGGGAAAUGUCAACGACCUGGACUGGUCACAGAGGUGCAAUUUACUCAAAACUAAUCCGGUUACCGCGGCAAGAAUGUUCCAACACAGGUUUCAGACUUUCCUAAAUGACGUCAUCAAGUCACCAGCUAACCCCAUUGGUAAAGUUAUCGACACAUUUUUUAGAGUUGAAUUCCAACAACGCGGCUCACCCCAUACUCAUUGUCUGUUCUGGGUAGAAAAUGCACCGAAAAUAGGCAAAAACACAGACCAAGAAGUCACACAAUUUAUUGAUAAAUACAUCAGUUGUGAACUCCCGCCAGCAACCGACGCAUUGCAUGAAGUUGUUUCCAGCGUUCAAAAACACAGCUCCAAGCACUCAAAGAGUUGUAGGAAAAAAGGCACAACAUGCAGAUUUAACUUUCCACGUCCUCCAAGCAACCACACCUUUCUUUGUAGAAGUAAAACAGACGAGGACCAGGAGGUAACAGACGCUGAUCCGAUAGACGUCUCUAUAUUAGAAAUGCGAAAAGAAAAAGAGGUGGCUAAAAGUGUCAUGACAAGGGUCAAACAUGCUCUUUCAAGUCCAGACCUAACCUUCGACACUGUGGAUCAGCUAUUUGCUUCCAUUAACAUCACCCAGGAAAUGUUUGAAAAUGCCUACCGAUUGACAACCAAUAAAAACGCGGUUGUACACAAACGCAACCCAUCAGAUGUUUACGUUAAUCAAUACAACAAAGACCUUUUGCGUUGCUGGGAUGCCAACAUGGACAUACAAUAUGUCUGCGAUGCUUUUGCUUGUGUAGUAUACAUAAUAUCCUACAUCUCAAAAGCAGAACAAGACAUGGGCUUAUUGUUACAACAUACUCAAAAUGAAAUGAAAAAACAUGGAAAUUUAGAUGCAAAACAAACACUCAAUAAGUUGGGAAGUGUCUUUCUCCACAAUCGCGAGGUCUCAGCUCAAGAAAGUGUUUAUCGAGUUACAAACAUGCAUCUCAACGAAUGCUCAAGACUGGUCACAUUUAUCCCUACUGGUGAAAAUACCGUCAGAAUGAGUUUUCCUCUCAGUGUCAUUCAAAGCAAAGCAGAACAGGAUGACACAUCAACAGACUCGAUAUGGAUGACGAGCAUAACGGACCGCUAUAAAAACCGCCCCCAGGGCGCAAUUUUUCAUGAUAUUUGUAUAGCCACAUUUGCUUCAAAAUACAGAGUUCUGUACGGGAAAGAGCAGCACAGCCAGGGCUCUGUUAAACUGGAAAAUAACACUGGCUUUGUUAAGAUGAGAACUAGGGGACCUGAUGCUGUUGCUAAAUACGCUCGUUUCUCACAAACCAAAUAUCCAGAAAAACACUACCACAGUUUGCUACAAUUGUUUUUGCCUCAUUAUUCAACAGAUGAGUUAAAACCUCCACCGUACAACAGUUAUGAGCAGUUUUACAGGACCGGUUCCAUCACUAACAGCAGCAAUACAACGCAAAGUGUUAAGGAAGUUGUAGAUUUCAAUAGAUCCCUGUUUGAAGUAGAUGCAGAUGAGCUCGACAGAUGCCAAGAGGUUGCAGGGCACCGCGGGGCUCACGACGAGGCAUGGGCAGACCUUUGCCCUGAAUCUGAGUUGGAGCGAUUAGAAUGUCAGGAGGAGAUGUCUAACAACAACGACACAAAUCACAAUGAAAGAGAAGCCAUACCGGACUUGCAGUCGGACGCAAAGGCAACGCUGUCUAAAGAAUUUCCCACACACUCGAUACAAAGAGCUGAAGGUCUGUCCAUUAUGCGCACGUUAAACGAACAACAGACUCAAAUUUUUUACAAAAUCCGCGCAUGGUGCCUUGACAAAAUCAAUGGCAAAAACCCAGACCCGUUUCGCGUAUUCAUUUCAGGGGGAGCAGGCACGGGAAAGUCGCACCUGAUUAAAGCUGUGUACUACGAGUCAUGCAGACUCUUUGCAAGAAUGUCCAUUAAUCCAGACGACACUCAUGUUUUGCUAGCUGCUCCUACAGGAGUAGCAGCAUAUAAUAUCAACGGAAGCACAAUACACAGCACCUUUGCUAUUACUACCACUGCCAAACUGCCAUAUCAACCUCUAGGAGAUGAAAGAAUCAAUUCGUUAAGAGCCACCAUGAAAGACUUACAAAUACUCAUUUUGGACGAGGUGAGUAUGGUUGAUCAUAAAAUCCUGACGUAUGUCCAUGGCAGACUACGACAAAUAAAGCAACAAGGAGAUUAUGCAUUGUUUGGGAAUGUAUCAAUCAUGGCAGUUGGUGACUUCUUCCAGCUCGGCCCUGUAAAGGGAACACCUCUUUACCACGAGCAAUUGGUGACCGAUCUGUGGAACAAUCAUUUCACUCACAUUGAGUUGACAAAGAUAAUGCGACAAAAAAACAAAGAGUUUGCUGAAACAUUAAAUCGUCUUAGAAAACACAGAAAAGGAGACAAUCUUUACCAGCGAGAUGAAGUCUUGCUAAGACAACGCGAGACCGGCGAGGGGGAACUGACACAGGACCUUCACAUUUUCGCCACAAACGAUGAAGUGGCAGCCCAUAACACCGCCAUGUUACACAAGACGUGUACGGAUUUGGUGCAAAUUAAAGCUCAAGAUUCUCAGAGAAACCCUACCACAGGACAAGUAACAAGAAAAAAUAAUCCAAAAUUUGAUAGUCAGACAUGUUUAAGCAGAACGUUAAUCGUUGGUCCAUCAGCUCGCGUAAUGCUCAUCAAAAAUAUAGAUCUGUCAGAUGGAUUGGUCAAUGGUGUAUUCGGUACCGUUUGCAAAAUCACCUUUGAAGGGAACGUUCAGUUUCCCAAAACCAUUUUGGUUAAGUUUGACAAUGACACAAUCGGCAGGAAACUGAGGAGUAGGUCUAUAUGCUUUGAGCCUCAAUUUCAACAAGCAACACCCAUAGAUGCUGUGGAAGACAAAGUAAUGACUGGUGGAUCUAGACGCCAAUACCCGUUACGCCUAGCAUGGGCCUGUACCAUACACAAAGUUCAAGGUUUAACUUUAGAAAGAGCUGUAGUGUCCCUUAAAAGGAUAUUUGCAGCUGGCCAAGCAUAUGUAGCAUUAAGCCGAGUAACGUGUGAGGAAAACCUUAUCAUUCAAGACUACGCAGCCAAAGCCUUCUAUUCGAAACCAGACAUCGACAUUUCCCUGCAAAAAAUGGAACCAUUCAUUGCAACUCCACCAGCAGAAAUAACUUCAACCCUCAAAAUAUGCCUCCACAACAUUCAAGGUCUAUGUCAACACAUGGAAGACCUUAAACAUGACCAGAGAAUCUUGAGUGCUGACAUCAUUUGCGUGACAGAAACAUGGCUGGAGCAAAGCACAUCAGUCAGUUCCAUUGAAAUGCCAGGUUGGACUUUUAAUCACAAACUCCGGUCCCAAUCCUACCAUAACAUGACCCAAUUCCAAGACUUGGUAAACAAACGGCACGGUGGUGUGGGCUACUAUCACAAAGACCACAUCACUUGUAACAUUAUACACAUGCCGUGCAGUGACUUGGAAGCCAUCAUGUUUAAUGUUCAGCCUUUGAAUUACAAUUUCAUUGUGCUGUACAAACCGCCAUCAUAUCAACUCGCCUUAUUCAAACAAAAUCUCGCUUUGGUAAUGCAACAAUUUAACCAACUUUCAGGAGGAAAGGUAAUUAUGGGUGACUUCAACGACAAUGCCCUUGUUUCUAAAUCUGCAGAAAAUUUCAUGCAACAACAAGGUUACACCCAAAUUGUCUCUUCGCCAACAACAGAAAACGACACAACAAUUGAUCACGUUUACAUUCGUGACAUUAGUCCCACUGAUAUCAAAGUGCAAAUUCUGUCCACCUACUACUCCGAUCAUGAGUGCCUCUGUUUAGAUUUCCUUCUGUAACUGGUUAGCUCGUUUAGCUCGCAGGUUUUAGCACUACCCAAUAUUUUAAAUGUUUUGUCUGUCUUUUCUAUUUAUUCAAAUAAAUAAUAAAUAUUAAAUAUUAUAUAUUUUUUAUUUUUUUACAUUUUCUAUUUUUUCCAAUAAAUCAUGAAUUUUCUCCCCAUAAUUUUUUUAUGGAUUUGCCCCUCUAAUGAAAGCCAUAGAUAUGGUUUUUUUUU